AAUUCUUCCUAGCCAGUCGCAUACAAUAAUUAGUUGGUUCGGGCAGGUCCGUAGCCCUAGCCCCGGCGAGUACGGCGUCGCAGCGCCUGUUAGCGCGUCGUGUGCUCGUCGAUCUACGCCGUUGAUCUGGCGAGAGCCAGGGUCCUGCCACUGAAAGUUCUGGAAAUUUUGAAGUCGGUCGUAACCCCCUGGUCAGGAACUAAAAGAAGCAUCCUGUCGAAGCGGGAGCUUCGAAUAAUCACUACUCCGGAAAAACUGAUAGUCUGAUCGACUAGUCGGCAAGAUGGCGUUGUGCGAGGUGCAUCGAUCGGCCACGGUGGCCUUCGCGCCGACGGAGCCGCUUAUAGCGAUGGGCACUAUGGCGGGGGCCAUCGAUCUCUCCUUCUCCUCCUCCGCCUCGCUCGAGAUCUUUCGCCUCGAGUUCGCUUCCACCACCGCAUCUGAGGCCGAUCCCACCGCAUCUGCCUCCGCCUCCACCGGCGCUGGCGCCGGCGCGGCCGGAACCUUUGGAAACGUUGCUGACGUGUCGCCGGACGAUUUUUUCGGCGGGCUCGGCAGUCCUGACCAAUCCGCGGCCAAGGCUGCUGGGGGAGGAGCGGGAAGCGCGGGAGCGGCGGGCGGACGGUCGGAUCUUCCGUCGCUGGGGUCUGCGACGUCGAGCGACCGCUUUAACCGGCUGUCGUGGGGGUCGUGCGGCGUGGAGCAGUCGGAGGUGUUCAGCCACGGCAUUAUCGCGGGCGGGCUCGUGGACGGCACUGUUUCGCUCUGGAAUCCCGCGCGGAUCAUUAGUGGCAAGGCGGGGGAGGGAGAAGGAGCCCUAGUUGCCAAGAUGUCCAAGCACAAGGGAGCGGUGCGUGGGCUCGAGUUCAACGCGGCCUCGCCCAAUCUGCUGGCGUCAGGAGCGGAGGACGGCGAGCUGCGCAUCUGGGACCUUGCCAACCCCUCCGCGCCCUCGCUCUACCCCUCGCUCAAGGGCGCGGGAGGGGGGCCGCAGGGCGAGAUAUCGUGCCUGUCGUGGAACCGCAAGGUGCAGCACAUCGUCGCCACCACCUCGUACAGCGGCCUUUCAGUGGUGUGGGAUCUCCGCAAGCAGAAGCAGGUCAUCAGUUUCGCGGACCCAGUGAGUCGGCGGCGCUGCUCCUGCCUGCAGUGGAACCCCGAGAUCGCCACGCAGCUCAUCGUUGCUUCCGAUGACGACCGCUCGCCGUCCCUCCAGGUGUGGGAUCUGCGCAACGCCAUGUCACCUGUGAAGGAGCUCACCUCGCACUCCAAGGGAGUGCUGGCCAUGGCAUGGUGCCCUAGUGACAGCGGUCUGCUGCUCUCGUGUGCCAAGGACAACCGCACCCUCUGCUGGGACACCUCUGUUGGGGAGGUGCUCUGCGAGCUGCCAGCUGGCACGAACUGGAACUUCGAUCUGCAGUGGUCGGCGCGCGUGCCUGGGCUGCUGUCGGCCUCUAGCUUUGAUGGCCACGUGUCGCUCUACAACAUCGAGUCGGCUAGCAGCAAGGAGUCGGACUUUGGAGCAUCGCUCGCCAACAGAACGCCCAUGGCAACAUCGCGCGCGCCCAAGUGGCUGAAGCGGCCCUGUGGGGCGAGCUUUGGCUUUGGCGGGCGGCUAGCGUGUUUCGGGUCCAAGUCCGGGCAGGUGGCAAUCCACAGCAUUGUGACGGAGGAUGGGGUGGUGGCACGCGCGGACGAGUUCGAAGCCGCUGUGGCGGGGGGGGACAGGGAGAAUCUCAAGGCGUUCUGCCAGCACAAGGCGCAGCUGGCGGGUGCACCAGAGGACAAGGAGACCUGGGACUUCCUGACCGUUCUCUUUGAAGAUGACGCCCGCCGCAAGCUGCUGGCGCACCUCGACUUCCCCCCUGUUGACAUCCAAAACCCUAAACUGCCCGCCCCAGAAGACCCUGCUGCUGCCGCCGCCGCUGCUGCUGCAGCCGAAGCAGCAGCCGCAGCAGCAGCAGAAGGGGCAGGAGCAGAGGCAGCUGCAGCAGGGGUGGGAGCGCUGGCUCUAGAUGCCUCUGCUGCUGUUGAUGGAACAGGGGUUGCGGCAGGGGCAGGGUUGGACGGAGGGGCGUCUCCCAUUGGUGAUGUGGACUUUUUUGACAACCUGACCGGGGGCGACAACACCCCUCGCGCCGCCGCUGCUGCAACAGCCGCAGCAGGGGAAGCGGAGGGUGAAACCCAAAGGGAAACCCAAGGGGAGAACGGCGAGAUAGCUGGAGAAGGGACCGGAGAGGAGGAAGCGGAGGAGGAAGAGGAGGAGGAGGAAGUUGAGGAGGGGGAAGGAGGGGGGGAGUGGGAGGCGGAGGUGCAGCGCGCGCUGGUGGUUGGGAACUAUGAGGCGGCGGUGGAGAGCUGCCUGGCGGCUGGCAGGGUGGCGGACGCCCUCGUACUGGCAGCCGUUGCAGGGUUUGACUCGGACCUCUGGACGCGCACCCAGCGCUGGUACCUCCGACGCAACCGCCGCCGCUCCUUCCUCAAGCUGCUGGGCGCAGUGGUGGGCAACGAUAUCAGAGGGCUCGUGGCGUCGCAGCCUCUCUCCGACUGGCGUGAAACGCUCGCCAUUCUCUGCACUUACGCCCCCAGCCACGAGUGGUCAGUCCUGUGCGAUGAGCUGGCAGCGCGCCUGGAGGCGGCGGGCCAAUGGCAGGCCGCCACGCUGUGCUUCAUGUGUGCGGGCUCCAUCGAUCGCGUCGUCGACAUCUGGGCGUCCCGCCUCGUGCAAGGGCAGGGGCAGGGACCCGUACAGGCCUCCCCGCCUCUGCCGCACCUCCAGGAUCUUAUCGAGAAAGCAGUGGUGCUGGGCCUGGCCACAGGACAAAGCAGAGUGGGUGGCAGGUGGGCGGCAUCCCUCGUCUCGGAAUACGCAACCGUACUGGCAGCGCAGGGCCGGGCGGCGGCCGCACAGCAUCUGCUGUCUCUUCUGCCGCCCUGGGAGGAGAGUGUGAACGACCCGAGUGUGGCAGAGGCUGCCACGGCUGCUGCUGCUCUCAAGGAAAGGAUCUACCGCAGUGGCCUUGUUGCCGUGGAUCCCUCGCAGCCCGCCCCUCCCUUCCCUUUCACGCCAGUCAACGUGGCUGUUGGUUCCACCACCACCACUGCUGCUGCGGCAAAGCCAUAUGCUGCACAGCAAUCGGCAUAUGCUGCUGCGCCUGCCCAGCCUUCGUAUUAUCAGACCCCAACCCCUGCUCAGGCUGCGCCACAACAGCAGCUGCAGCAGCAGCAGAUCGCACACACCCCACCUCCAUCACAGCGCCCGCAGCAGCCUCAGCAGCAGCAGCAGCAGCAGCAGCAUCAACGGCACCCCACCCAACCGCAAUCCUCCUAUGCGUCCACGUACCAACCCCCAUCCGUCGCCCCUCCUGCUCAGUCCUAUGCACAGCAGCAGCAGCAGCAGCAGCAGCAGCAGCAACAGCAGCAGCCAGCAGCAGCAGCAGCAGCAGCAGCAGUACCAACAGCAGCAGCAGCAGCAGCAGCAGCAAGCGCCGUCCGCCCAGCCACACAUGUUCAUGCCCACAGCAUCUCCCCCGGGUGUGAUGAUGCCACAGCAUCCACCGCCCAUGCAGCCAGGCCAAGCAGGAGCAGCGCAGCCGUCCUUCAUGCCUGUUGCGCCUCCCCCUGUGGCCGCCCCUCCUCCCUCCGCACAUCACAUGCCCACCGGCCCUCCUCCCGGAGCCAUGAUGCCCACCCAGCCGCCACCAGCGGUGCGGGCAGCUCAGGGCCCCCGCCCUGUCGCCUUCAACCCUGUGGCUCCGCCCCCUCAGCCACGCAUGCCCACCGGUCCCCCUCCCGGUGUGGGCCCCACCGGCCCUCCCCCUGGGGUCCUUCCCCCUGGGGUGCUUCCCCCUGGCGUUCUCCCCCCGGGCGCUAGCCCCAUGAUGCGCCCCACUGGUCCGCCUCCUGGCGUGCGCCCCCCUGGGGGAGCUCCCCCUGGUGCUCCUGGUGCUGCUGCUGCGCCCGCCCCUGCUGCUGCUCCUGAGGCUGCUCCCCCUGCCCUGCCUCCCACUGUGCAAACUGCUGACACCUCCAACGUUGCACCUGAGCUCCGCCCCGUGGCAUCAACCCUCACUCGCGUGUUCAAGGAGGUAGCAGCGGCAGUGGGAGGGCCGGGGGGCAACCCGGCCAAGAGGAGGGAGAUGGAGGCCAACAGCAAGAAGCUGGGGCUGCUGCUGCAGCGCCUCAACCAGCGCGAUGUGUCGCCCUCUGCGGCCCAGAAGCUGCUGCCACUCUGCGGGGCGCUGGACGCUGGGGACUACGCCACUGCCCUGCACAUCCAGGUCGAUCUGACGACCAAGGACUGGGAGGAGUGCGGUGUGUGGCUGACUGCGCUCAAGAGCGUCAUCAAAACCAGACAACAGCUCGGAUAAGGCAAAUGAGCAAGGUGGUGCUGGGAUGGUACACAUGUGAUGGUGGUUACACACAUGGAUGCUGGUUCCACAUGCCAUGGUGGUUGCUACAGAUUGCUAAUUGCACCUGUAGGGGUGAUGGUUGAAGCCAGUACCAAGAGUGGCAGUGACAAAACUACAUACCCAUGCGUAUCGAGACUGGAAUUUGGAGGUGCACGGCCGUUAGUUCUCAAAUUUGCGACUUGGACAACAGCUUUGAUUAGUCUUGUCAAAUGAUAGACAAGACAUGUAUGACACUACUAAUGGCGGGGUCUGGAUUAUAAGUACGAAAAAUU